AUGUGUACCUAUGUGUGUGAUGUGGUGGCAGGCGCGGAGAGCGACGAGGAGAUACGGCGGGUGCCGGAGAUGGGCGGCGGGUCGGCGUCGUCGGGCGCGGGGGACGGCAAGCAGCUGCAGCUGGCGGCGGCCGGGGGUGGGCAGGCCCCGGCGGGGAAGAAGCGCGGGCGCGCCGCCGGGGACAAGGAGCAGAACCGGCUGAAGCGGCUGCUGCGGAACCGCGUGUCGGCGCAGCAGGCCCGCGAGCGGAAGAAGGCCUACAUGACGGAGCUGGAGGUGAAGGCCAAGGACCUCGAGCUCCGCAAUGCCGAGCUGGAGCAGAAGGUCUCCACCCUCCAGAACGAGAACAACACGCUCCGCCAGAUACUGAAGAACACGACGGCGCACGCCGGGAAGAAGCCGAGCGGCGGCAAGGGGGGAGACGGCGGCAAGAAGCACCACCACUUCGGCAAGGGCUAG